CAUACUCAGUACUCACUUGUUUCUUUGCUUUCUCCGAGGCCCGUGGUCGUCACUGCCCCGUCCAUUUUCGACGCCGGUGUCCGCCAAGACUUCACUUAGAGCAAAGCCACCAGCUCAUCACCAAGCUUAAACAAAGCAGACGAAGCAACAGCUUGGGUUUCACGACCGGCCGCUAGAGCCAUGGAGCAGCCGCACAAGGAGCACAGGGCUCGCCAAGCCGGUUCAUCGGCGAGGAAGAAGAAGGGGAAGUCGGAUAAAAAUAAGCAAGAGAAUAAGCAAAACCCUAAGGCAUUUGCUUUUACUUCAUCUGUGAAAGCGAAGAGAUUGCAGUCGCGGGCAGUUGAGAAAGAGCAACGGAGGCUUCACAUUCCAACUAUAGACCGUUCUUAUGGUGAACCACCCCCAUAUGUUGUGGUAGUCCAGGGACCGCCCCAGGUUGGAAAGUCUUUGGUUAUAAAAUCACUUAUAAAGCAUUAUACAAAGCAUAAUGUUCCUGAGGUCCGAGGACCGAUUACUAUUGUGUCAGGUAAGCAAAGGCGGCUACAAUUUGUGGAGUGCCCAAAUGAUAUCAACGGUAUGAUUGAUUGUGCAAAGGUUGCUGACUUGGCACUGCUUCUCAUAGAUGGAAGUUAUGGGUUUGAAAUGGAAACCUUUGAAUUUCUUAACUUAAUGCAAAAUCAUGGAAUGCCAAGGGUUAUGGGAGUUCUUACUCACCUUGAUACAUUCAAGGAUGUGAAGAAGUUGAGAAAAACAAAGCAGCGUCUCAAACAUCGUUUCUGGACAGAAAUAUAUGAUGGAGCAAAAUUGUUUUAUUUAUCUGGUCUCAUUCAUGGGAAGUACUCAAAACGUGAGAUUCACAAUCUCGCACGUUUUAUCUCUGUCAUGAAGUUUCCUCCUUUGUCAUGGAGAACUUCUCAUCCUUACGUUUUGGUUGACCGUUUUGAGGAUGUUACUCCUCCUGAAAGAGUGCAGAUGAAUAAUAAAUGUGACAGAAAUGUCACACUUUAUGGUUAUUUGCGCGGUUGUAAUUUGAAAAAGGGAAAUAAGGUGCAUAUUGCUGGUGUUGGGGAUUAUAGUAUAGCUGGUGUUACAAGCUUAGCUGAUCCGUGUCCUUUACCAUCUACUGCCAAAAAGAAGGGUCUCCGUGACAAGGAAAAACUUGUUUAUGCUCCCAUGUCUGGCCUUGGGGAUCUCCUGUAUGACAAGGAUGCUGUCUAUAUAAACAUAAAUGACCACCUUGUGCAGUUUUCUAAAGUUGAUGAUGAAAAUAAAAAAAUUAUCCGAAAAGGGAAGGAUCAAGAUGUGGGAGAGGUGCUGGUAAAGUCGCUUCAAAACACGAAAUAUUCAAUUGAUGAGAAGUUAGAGAAGAGCUUCAUUAACCUUUUCAGUCGGAAACCUAAUAUCUCAUCAGAAACUUUAAAUGAUGCAAAAGACACCAAUGAACAAUCUGGGGAAGGAAUUAAGGUUGAUGGGCUUGUUGAUGAACAUGUUGAUGAUGACCUGGAUGAUUCAGAGUCUUCUGACAAAGAUGGAGAUGUUAAUAAGGAUGAAAUUGCUGCAAGUAGAAGUAGUGGUUCUGAUGAAGAUAACUUGAAGGAACAUUUGGAAUUCAAUAAUGGAAGGCUACGGAGAAAAGCUAUCUUUGGAAACAACAUUGAUCAUAGUGAUUUGAAGGAUUCUGAUGAAGAUGAUGACAAUGAUGAUGAUGAAGAUAAAAAUGAUAAUGUAGAUAAUCAGUCAUCUUCUGGCUCAGAUUUUUCAGAUGGAGAGGAUGAUCAAAUAGAUGAUGGCAUGGGGAAUAUAUCGAAGUGGAAAGAGUCAUUGUUGGAGAGGACUGUCUCAAGACAAAAUAUAAAUCUCAUGCAGCUUGUAUACGGGAAAUCUGCAUCAACAUCAGCAACAUCUUCCAAUGGAGUACAAGACAGUAGUGAGGAUGAAGAAAGUGAUGAUGAUGAAUUCUUUCGGCCAAAGGGAGAAGGGAAUAAGAAGUUGAGAGAAGGACUUGAUAGUGACAAUUUCAAUACGGAAGACUGUUCCAAGUUUAGAAGUUAUGAAAACAUUAAAAAUUGGAAAGAGGUGGAAAUAUAUGAAAGCAUUCGAGAUCGUUUUGUCACAGGUGAUUGGUUGAAAGCUGCUCGCAGAAAUCAAGGGUCAGAGAAUAACUUCGAAGAUGAUGAGGACAACGACGUCUGUGGUGACUUUGAAGAUUUAGAAACUGGUGAGAAGCAUGAGAGCCAUCCUAUAGGUGAUUCUGGAAAUGGUACAAUCCAGAAUGAAGACGAAUCAGCAAUUGAGGAGCGGAGGUUGAAGAAGCUUGCGCUUCGUGCAAAAUUUGAUGCUCAGUAUAAUGGAUCUGAUUCAGCAGAGGAGGAAAUUGAUAAUAAACAAGGGGCCAAGUUUCAUCGUGGUCAACCUAAUGAAGUUGGACUUAUUGACAAGAUGAAGGAGGAGAUUGAACUUCGGAAACAAAUGAACAUAUCUGAGCUCAAUGAUCUUGAUGAGGUCACUCGGGUAGAGAUUGAGGGCUUUCGAACAGGGACAUAUGUAAGAUUGGAGAUACAUGAUGUCCCUUUCGAAAUGGUCGAAUACUUUGAUCCCUUCCAUCCAAUUUUGGUUGGAGGAAUUGGUCUUGGUGAGGAAAAUAUUGGAUACAUGCAGGCUAGGUUAAAGCGUCACAGAUGGCAUAGGAAAGUGCUAAAGACUAGAGAUCCCAUAGUAGUUUCUAUUGGUUGGAGACGUUUCCAAACUAUACCUGUUUAUGCCAUUGAGGACCAGAAUGGGAGGCAUCGCAUGCUGAAGUACACUCCAGAACACAUGCAUUGCCUGGCUAUGUUUUGGGGUCCUCUUGCCCCUCCUCACACUGGGGUGGUUGCUGUCCAGAACUUAUCGAACAGUCAGGCUGCAUUUAGAAUCACAGCCACGGCAGUUAACUUGAGUUCAAUCAUGAAGCAAAGAUAAAGAAGAAAAUUAAACUGUUUGGUUAUCCAUGCAAGAUAUUCAAGAAAACAGCACUUAUCAAGGAUAUUUUCACUUCAGAUCUUGAAGUAGCUCAAUGUGAGGUAAAGAGGUUCGGACAGUCAGUGGAAUCCG